AAACACACCAUCUGAACUCUGAGCAUGAUUCGAAAUAAGCCUUACUGGAUCUCAGUUUUCAAAAGAGUGAUGAGCAACAGAAUUGCAAACUCCAUCAAAAGUUCACUUCAAAAUUAUGGGAGUUGGAGGCUUACAGAGCUACGUUGAGAGGUGGUGCCCAGGUGGCUUAAUUGAUGUAGACCUCAAAGCACUAGCUAAGGAGUUUCAGAAAUGUAAAGGCAAGACUCCAGUUCUUGUUGUAGAUGCUAUGGGACUUUACUGUAAACUUUACACACCCUUCAUGCCAUGGGUUUUUGGUGGUCAGUGGGCUGAGUUCAUUGAAGAGGUACGAUGCUUAUUAGAUACCUUCAAAAGAGCUGAAAUCAAUCUGGUGUUCAUUUUUGAUGGUGUUGUGGAAAAAGCUAAGUAUCCUGUGUGGAUUGAGAGAAGAAAUGAUGAACGUGAGAAAAUGUCUAAGAUGUUUAAAUUUAUCAGAGAGACUGAGAACGCUAGACAUCCUGGUCCUAAUUUUUAUCACGCUCCUCCAGGCUUGGGCAGAUAUUUACGCGUAGCACUCAAGACUCUUGGUGCGACUGUCUACAACUCACUCAUCGAUGGAGACGCAGCAGUUUUUGACUACUACAAGAAGACGGGGGCAUUCGGUGUGCUUGGCCAAGAUUCUGACUUUCUUAUUUAUGAUAUCCAGAACUAUUUCUCCUUGAACACUCUGAGGUUCAAGAGGAACCUCGAGGUGAAGAUGUACGACAGAUUGAGACUAUGCGACGAGCUCGGGUUGCAUCCAGUCCACCUUACCCUCGUCGCUUGUCUGAUGGGCAAUGAUUUGAUUCCACAGAAGGAGUUGUUGCCCUUCCAUUGUGAGAUCACAAAUACACCCGUCGAGCAGGGACGAACGCCACGAUAUUCCGAUCUGGUACCAGCUUUGGCAAAAUAUCUGUCAGGCUGGAACAUCAGAGUUUUAACCCCUGAAGUUAUCGUGGAGCUAGAGAAACACGUGUUUCGAGAGCAACCCUCCAUGUGGGGUUUAAUGGACCACGUAGUGCGCCGUUACACAUGCACUGUCGUUGAAGAAGAGUUACAGUGCCUUAUUGACCCCGAAUUGUUCAAGGUUUUAAGGGAGAAGCAUGUGAAAUGUGAACUGUGGACGAGCGUCUUAAAAGUCCUUGCUACGCAUUCCUUAAUGAUCAGCACAAACAUUGAAGACUACAAUAACGAGAUCAUGCCGACUUGCGGGUUGGUGUAUAAGCCGCUUCGGAAACGUGUAUUUGGGCUUCUCCUAGGUGUAGGGGUUCAAGUUCACAGAGACGAAGUUGCUGGUCCCAAAGCUGUAGAACCUCUGGGUAGGUCUAAAUCAAGUUUGGUGGUUGGCGUCAAUGCAGUGAAGGAAUGGUGUCCAUCCACUCAUCACUGCAUGGCAUUGGAACCUGAGAUAGUUGAAGCUGAACCACUAGAUAUGCCAGGGGGCACGCCAACAAUGGAGGACCUAUGGCUGGCGCCAAACAUGGGGCCAUUGAAGUUGCAUGCUUUUCUGACCUGCAUGCACUGUCAGAUGGAGCCUGGUCUGGUGUCUAGCCUCCCUCCACACUAUCUCCCCAUAUGCUUGGUGCUACACUACCUUCUUAAUGAAGCCACGCCUAGGUUCCUGCAAGAGAGUGACGUGGAUGCUUUUCUAGCCCAGGUCGUCUACUCCCCAAGGGAUCAUGCAGUGUUUAAGAGUUUGAAAGUUCCACGAGUUGAUCCAAGAGGUGUACAGCUUGCAACACUGUUCGUGAAUGGCAUAGGAAUGAUAGAGAAAACCAACAGUGCCUGUAAUUUCCCUUUAAAGGUUAGUAACAUCCUGCCGUGGAGGCUCUUCGAUGGGAAGCUGUUCCAGGUGAAGUACUUGAUGAGCCAAGAAGGCAAGACCAUUCAGGAACUGUGUGACGGAAAUGAGUCAUCAGUUCAAGAAGUCAUGAAGAUGAAGGAGUGCAUUUAUUCCAAGAGCUCCUCAGCCCAACGGAAUAGAUAUUACGUAAGUUUGAAAUAACUUUCAUCAGAAGUUCACGAAAGUAACAGAGGAAUUCCCAGGGGUGAAUUUUUUGUGGAAGCUGACACAAAUCUGCUUCAGCACAGGAAAUAAAAGCGUAGCUCACAAGCUAGUUGUAUUUAUCCACAAUUACUGGUUAGUGGUACCCUGUGUCGGUACAAACAAAACAUCUUGACAAACGAAGUGUUAAAAUUGAUUUGUUUAUUCAUUUAUUCAUAUUACUUUUAAAAAAACAAUGUGUCUGAAAAAAUACAGUUGUUUUUAAGGCAGGCUCACUGUUCUUCUAAGGUGGGUGGGCAGGACUUUUUCAGUCUUUUCUCUGCCUUUAAACACAACAAUACUUGUACUUAUCUUGGUUUCAACUCUAGAUACUUUUGUGCAAUUUGUUCUCUCUCUACACUGUUGAUUUGCCUGAAACAGAGGCCGUCUCCUUACGGCCAUUGGACACUUUCGGAACAGAAAACAAAUUUGAAAGUUCACAGAUUUACAAAUAACUUACAGGGUUUACA